CGACCGAACUCUCUCGAAGUGUAGUGACUGCUGGGGACAGCUGUGGCAAUGUGUUCAGGGACUGUAAAGAGCCCAGGAUAAUGUGAGAGCUCGGGCUGUACUCACGAAAGUCGCGUAUACUCCCUCGCCUCCUCCGUGGAGCUCCUGGGAUGGUCGGCGCCUGGAGCGCGGGAGGUUUGAAGCGCUGGGUGAGGCGCGCAUCUAUCAGGCCGCCUCUUGUCUACGUCGCGCCAUGGACUCUGAGCUGGCGGAGGUCCGCGCCCUGGAAGCCGAGAUUGCGGUCUUGAGGCCGGCGUGCGAGGAGCCGCCGGCGCCCGGGGGAGACGCCGCCAGUGUCCGAAAAUCAUUUCCAGAAAUAUACCAAUCAGAUUCUGAAGGAUGGGAGUCUUCAAAAGACCUGAGAAGUAAUCUUGGACAUUUAGAAUCAGAACUUCUAUUUCUAAGUACGCUUACUGGCAUCAGUAUAAGAAAUUACUCCAAGAAGACAGAGACCCUAACAAGCCCUGAGAUGGCAGAAAAGAGUAUAAAGAAAGUUCUACAGAGACACAGAUUAUCAGGAACUUGCCACAUGAUUUCAUUUCAACUUGAAUUUCAAAUUCUGGAAGUCCAGAAUAAGGAGAAUUUAUCUUCUGUUAUUACUGACCUCAACAUAAUAAUGGAGCCCACCACCACAUAUUCAGAAUUAAGUGAAUUUGUAUCUAGAGCAGAAGAAAGAAGAGAUCUGUUUAUGUUUUUCCGAAGCCUACACUUUUUUGUGGAGUGGUGUGAAUAUCGGAAGCGCACAUUUAAACAUUUCAAGGAGAAGUACCCAGAGGCUGUGCGCCUCCCGGAGGGGGCCUCUGCCAGCUACAUGCGUGUCCAGAGCACCAGCCAGCCCGGGUUUGAACUAGUGAUCGUGUGGAGGAUACAGACAGAUGAAGAAGGGAAGGUUGUGCCGAAGCUGGAUCUUCUCACCAAAGUGCCACGUCAAGCCCUGGAGCUGGACAAGAAGGGAGUUGUAGAAACUGCUGCUGUCGGCUUCCGAGCCCUGCUGAGCGUGCUGGGCAUUGAGGCCGCUCUGGAGAGCCUGCUGAGCGUGCUCUGCAUGGAGCACGGCGGCCAGUCCCCACAGUGAGCCGCGCACUGACUGGCAAUGCUUGCUGUCUCCUGCUUAGAAGACACACCUUUAGAACAUGUUGUCUGUGCAGUUGCCAAAUUAUAACUAAACUGUUGGGACAUGAAAAAUAAAUACAGCUAUUUAAAUGCAAAAU